UACAAUACUAAUAUUUUAGAAAGAAAAAAAGAAAAAGAAGUUAAUUUUGAGAUUAUUCAUAAAACCCUAAACCCUAGAAGGGGCUGGUUCUAGAGUCUUCUUCUUCCUCUAGAAAAUAUAAACCAAAAACCCAUUUCUCUUCUCCCAUUCUCCAUUACAGUACUACUCACCUCUCUUCGUCUCACUUAGUCUCCCUACAGUUCUCCAACAUGUACCGCUACGCUGCAAACCUCGCCAACAAAGCUAGGAUCGCAAGAAAUGCAAGCCAGCAGGUUGGCAGUAGGUUGACUUGGACCAGAAACUAUGCAGCUAAAGAGAUUAGAUUUGGUGUUGAAGCUCGAGCUUUGAUGCUUAAGGGUGUUGAAGAUCUUGCUGAAGCAGUUAAAGUGACCAUGGGUCCUAAGGGUCGUAAUGUGGUAAUUGAGCAAAGUUUUGGUGCUCCUAAAGUGACCAAAGAUGGUGUUACAGUCGCUAAGAGUAUUGAGUUUAAGGAUAAGAUCAAGAAUAUUGGUGCUAGCUUGGUGAAACAGGUUGCAAAUGCCACAAACGAUGUUGCCGGUGAUGGGACAACUUGUGCUACAGUUCUUACCCGUGCCAUUUUUACCGAAGGAUGCAAGUCGGUUGCUGCUGGGAUGAAUGCCAUGGACCUAAGACGUGGUAUUACAAUGGCAGUUGAUGCUGUUGUGACAAACUUGAAGAGCAGAGCACGAAUGAUCAGCACAUCUGAAGAGAUAGCUCAGGUUGGGACAAUAUCUGCAAAUGGAGAAAGAGAAAUCGGUGAAUUGAUCGCAAAGGCAAUGGAAAAGGUUGGCAAAGAGGGAGUUAUCACAAUUCAAGACGGAAAAACCUUGUACAAUGAAUUGGAAGUUGUUGAAGGAAUGAAGUUAGACCGGGGCUACAUCUCUCCUUAUUUCAUAACAAACCAGAAAAACCAAAAAUGUGAAUUGGAAGAUCCUCUAAUUCUCAUUCAUGAGAAGAAAAUCUCAAGCAUUAAUGCUGUGGUUAAGGUCUUGGAGUUGGCAUUGAAGAGACAAAGGCCAUUGCUGAUUAUCGCUGAAGAUGUGGAAAGUGAUGCCCUAGCAACUCUUAUCUUGAAUAAGAUUCGUGCCGGAAUCAAGGUCUGUGCUGUGAAAGCCCCUGGUUUUGGUGAAAACAGGAAGUCUGGUCUGCAAGAUCUUGCUGUUCUUACAGGAGGAGAUGUCAUUACUGAAGAGCUUGGUCUUAAUUUGGAGAAGGUUGAUUUGGAUAUGCUCGGUACUUGCAAAAAGGUGACAAUUUCAAAGGAUGACACUGUUAUUCUUGAUGGUGCCGGUGACAAGAAAUCUAUCGAGGAAAGAUGUGAACAGAUUAGGUCAGGAAUUGAGUUGAGCACUUCAGAUUAUGACAAAGAGAAGUUGCAGGAGAGAUUAGCCAAGCUCUCGGGUGGUGUUGCUGUCCUGAAGAUUGGAGGAGCUAGUGAAGCUGAAGUCGGUGAGAAGAAGGAUAGAGUGACUGAUGCUCUAAAUGCCACAAAAGCAGCAGUAGAAGAAGGCAUUGUUCCAGGUGGAGGUGUUGCUCUCCUCUAUGCAUCGAAAGAGUUGGACAAACUUCCAACUGCCAACUUCGAUCAGAAAAUUGGUGUUCAGAUUAUUCAGAAUGCUCUAAGAACACCUGUGCACACAAUCGCAUCCAAUGCUGGAGUUGAGGGAGCUGUUGUUGUCGGUAAGCUUUUGGAGCAAAAUGACCCUGAUCUUGGAUAUGAUGCAGCCAAAGGUGAAUAUGUAGAUAUGGUGAAAGCUGGAAUCAUAGACCCCCUAAAAGUUAUUAGGACAGCCUUGGUUGAUGCUGCAAGUGUGUCGUCUUUGAUGACAACAACAGAAGCUGUUGUGGUAGAACUACCCAAUGACAAGGAUGCUCCUGCAAUGGGUGGCGGUGGCAUGGGUGGAAUGGGCGGCAUGGGCGGUAUGGAUUUCUGAGGAGUCCAGUCCUUAAUCGCGUGAUGCUGUUAUUUCAACAAACUUAAGACUCUUUUGGGAUUUUUCAUGAAAUCUUGAGAAGCAAAGAUUAGAGUUUUUUUUUCUUGAUAUUAUUAUGUACCCGGACGGUACCGGUUUGAGAGGCAUCCAUGUAAUCAUAAGGCGAGAAAUGUUCAUGUUCUCUUAGGUAGUUUCUUAUGUAACUCACUAAUUUGAAUUGGAGGAAGAAUGGGCGUGUGUGCUUGUUAUUAUAUAACACCAUUGAAACUAUUCUUUUUCGAAAUAAACUUUUUUGUAUUCUUCUC